UUUAGACUUAUCCUAUCGAAGGGACACCACUCUAAGAAGAAAAAAAUACGACGAUGGUGAAAAUUUCAAACUUACCACAGUCUGCGUGUGAUUUUAUUAAAGGUCACAAAGUUGCAGUAGCAUGCACAGUAACUACAGCAUGUGGAUUACUGGCAUUAAAAAAGUAUAUGGCUGGUGGUGUAUGUAGGAGCAAGGCUCAUAUGAAUGGCAAAACUGUUCUUAUAACUGGAGCUAAUACUGGCAUCGGCAAGGAGACAGCUAAAGACCUGGCACGCAGAGGUGCCCGAGUUUUACUAGCAUGUCGUGAUAUAACAAAAGCUGAAAGGGCAGCUGAAGAUAUCCGAAAAACAACUGGAAACAAAAACGUAGUUGUGUAUAUUCUUGACCUUGCCUCACUAAAGUCUGUACGUCAGUGUGCAAAUGAAGUCAUAAGGAAGGAAACCAGAGUGGAUGUUCUUAUUAAUAAUGCAGGUGUAAUGUGGACACCAGAAUGGAAGACUGAUGAUGGUUUUGAGAUGCAGUUUGGAACAAAUCAUCUUGGACAUUUCUUAUUUACAAAUCUCUUACUGGAUCUACUUAAGAAAUCAACACCAAGCAGAAUUGUCAACGUGUCUUCCCGUGCUCAUGAAAGAGGAAAAAUUAAUUUUGAUGAUUUAAACAGUGAGAAGAACUAUUCUCGUAGUGAAGCAUACAAUCAGAGUAAACUUGCCAAUGUUCUCUUCACAAGGGAACUGAGUAAACGUUUACAAGGCACAGGUGUUACAGUCAAUUCCCUUCAUCCAGGGAUUAUAAAAACGGAACUUGGCCGCUACAUGGGAAUAACAUGGUGGCGUAAAAUUCUUCUCAUGCCUUUCUUUUUGUUAAUUAUAAAAAAUCCUAUACAAGGAGCACAGACUACCAUUCAUUGUGCUGUUUCUCAGGAACUUGAUGGAGUGUCGGGGAAAUAUUUCAGUGACUGUGCUAUCAAGGAAGAAGCCCCACAAGCUCAAGAUGAUGAAGCUGCUGCAAGAUUGUGGAAAGUCUCUGAAGAAAUGGUUGGGCUGACACAGAGAUCUUGAUCAGGAAAUCAUUAGAAGCUAUUAUAAACAGUAUUUUGAUGUUACAAGUAGAAGACUUCAAAGAUGUGCGGAAAGGCAGAUAUAAGAUAGAUGUCAAUUGAGAAUGUUGUUAUAUGGCAUGGAAACAGUGCCUUAGGGAUGUUUUUUUUCUUGUGCUGCCCAAAUGUUUUGGUAGGGCACUUAGCUUUGUCUUGGUCAGCUCGGAUGUUGUUCCUUAAGAUAAGAUAAGAUAAGAUAAGAUAAAUUUUAUUUUAAGUCUGUAAGACAGAGAAACAAUACAACAUAAGCGACAAGCGCUUUUUAACCGACUAUAUAUAACAAAGAUAAACAGAACAUAUAGUAAGCAAGCUGUAAAAUAAGAGAUAGGGUUAUACAAAAGUUACAUGUAGCAGUACAACAUGAAGUUAAACCUGUGAAAGACCUGCUGCUCUUGGCCAAAAGCCUAAGAACUACUUAAGAUAAACAUGAAAUAAAAAACUGAAAGGCAAAACUGGGGCAAAAAGCUGAAUAAAAAAUAUGCUAAACGAGAAUAUCACCUCAGAUCAGAAGCAGCAGCUCCUUCACAGUAGCACAUAAAACAUAGCAUGAAAAUAAGAUGUAAUAAUGACAAUAGCACAUAGAGAACAUAAAAUCCAUGCAAAUUGUUACAUAAAAAUAAUAGAAAGAAAAGUGUGCAACUAAAGCAACUAAACAAAGAAACUAGCUAAAGCAGCGAAACAUGGAGAACAAGGCAUAGAUCCUUGUCGUCUACACAGGGAAACAAGGUAUACAAAAGUAGCUAAAGCGUGCAAAGCAAGACAAGUAUUGACAACACAAUGCAAAAAGCACAGUAAAUAACUAAAACAGCUAAACAUGGAGAAAAAAGCAUAAAACUAUGUCAACUACACAAGGAAAGCAAAGUACACAUACUAAUUGUAGCAAACUAUGAGGGACAAGGCAUACAACAAAAACAGCUAAACAAAGCAAAAACUACCAAGCAGAUCAAAAUAAGAAUAUCUAAAAUAAAAAAGCAAAAGACCACAAUGAAAGUACAAGCAUAGAAUUAAACUGGUUGGGUGUAAUGAAAAGAGAUGUCGUCCGGUCCUGCAGAACAAGCUGCUAAGUAUGUUUGCACAUUGAACAUUUGCAGUCUUGACCAUUCCAGUGUAAAAUUAAGCUUUUAAAUUGAUUAAAGCUAGAUGUGUUCCUAAGAUAUAUCCUUCCCAAUUUGUGUCAAGUAUUUAACCUAAACUCACUAAACAUGACAGGAUUUUUAUCCAGCAUGUGAAGUUGUGCACCUGAGGAUUUAUUUGAUAUUUUACUCAGUAAGACUGGAGUAAUGUCCCUUGACUUGAGUAAAAAUGCAUUUAGGAACUAAUACAUAUAAUUUGUAAGUAUGUUGAUAAAAAUGAAAACCAAAAGGUCAUUUUAUAGUGACUGUAUUGUUUUGUAUAACCAACAUACAGAAAUUUACAUGAUGUUAUUUAGGUAUUUUCAUUAAAAUUCAUAAGAUGGUUCAUCACUUUUGAUUGUGUUGUAAAAAUCUGUCUAAGAUAUCAAAGUAAAACAAAUAUAAUGCUAUACUUUGUUCAGUUGGCGUUUUAAUGUGUUUAGUGUUGUACAUGUAGUAACAUUUAAAAAUUAUAUAACUUCUGAAUUAUUUAAAAAUUCAGGAUUUUUAGUGACAUAUGUUUAACUUUUAACAAAUCGUAUUUUUUAUACGCUUAUACGUUUGAAAAACGGGACGUAUUAUGGGAACGCCCCUGGCGGGCGGGCGGCGUCCACAGACUUUGUCCAGAGCAUAUCUUCUACAUGCAUGAAGGGAUUUUGAUGAAACUUGGCACAGUUGUUCACCAUCAUGAGACGGAGUGUCAUGAACAAAAACCAGGUCCCUAGGUCUAAGGUCAAGGUCACACUUAGAGGUCAAAGGUCAAAUUCAAGAAUGACUGUCCGGAGCAUAUCUUCUUCAUGCAUGGAGGGAUUUUGAUGAAAGUUGGCACAAUUGUUCAUCAUCAUGAGACGGAGUGUCAUGCGCAAGAACCAGGUCCCUAGGUCUAAGGUCAAGGUCACACUUAGAGGUCAAAGGAUACAAGAAUGAAAACUUUGUCCGGAGCAUAUCUUCUUCAUGCAUAGAGGGAUUUUGGUAUAACUUGGCACAAAUGUUCACCACCACGAGGCGAAGUGUCAUGCGCAAGAACCAGGUCCCUAGGUCAAAGGUCAAGGUCACACUUAGAGGUCAAAGGAUACAAGAAUGAAAGCCUUGUCCAGAGCAUUUCUUCUUCAUGCAUAGAGGGAUUUUGAUAUAACUUUGCACAAAUGUUCACCACCACGAGGCGGAGUGUCAUGCGCAAGAACCAGGUCCCUAGGUCAAAGGUCAAGGUCACACUUAGGCCAAAGGUCAGAUACAAGAAUGACUUUGUCCGAAGCAUUUCUUCUUCAUGCAUGGAGGGAUUUUGAUGUAACUUGGCACAAUUAUACACCAUCAUGAGACGAAGUGUCAUGCGCAGUUCCCUUCUUUAGAAUUACUUCCCCUUGUUGUUACUGUAAAUAGCUUAUAUUGUAACUUUUUCAUUACUAGUCGUAGAGAAAAAUCGAGACCACUUUUCUGUAGUACAACAUGCAUGCUACAUCCAAUUAUGAGGUUUAUUUUGACCAAUCUCUACCUGGUAAAGAUUUUUGUGUGGACUUACAAAUUUUUUUUGGAUUUUUUUUUUUUUUUUUUUUUUUUAAGAUUAUCUUCCCUUAGUUGUUACUAUAAAUAACUUAUAUUGUAACUUUUAAUUGACCGUAGGGAAAAAACAAGACCACUUUUCUGUGGUACAACAUAGAUGUUACUUUCAAAUUUUAGAUGUAUUUUAAGGUAUCUCUACCUGGUAAGGAGUUUUUUUGUGGACUUAGAAAAACAAAUGACUUACAAUGAUUACUAAACAACCACAAAAUUAAAAUUCCAUUUGCAAAUACAGGUGCUAGGGUAAAGAAAUUUGCUGUGACGGGCGUAUAUUGUGACAUUUUGGCACUCUUGUUUUAAUAAUCAGUUUAACACAACUUCCCGACCCAACGGAACUGUAUGUCACCAGUAUAUCUGUAUACAGCAGUAAUAUACCACAUGAUAUUAAAAUCAUAUCACAUAUAUAUGUAUCUGUAUAUUCAGAUCUUGUAAACAUGAACUUUUAAGGACCUUGCAUUAAGAAUUGUUAAAAUUUAUUGACCUGUAUGCAAACGUUGUGAAAAUGAACAUGUAUGGACCUUGCAGUAAGAAUUGUUAAAAUUUAUUGACCUGUAUGCAAAUGUUGUGAAAAUGAACAUGUAUGGACCUUGCAGUAAGAAUUGUUAAAAUGUAUUGACCUGUAUGCAAACGUUGUGAAAAUGAACAUGUAUGGACCUUGCAGCAAGAAUUGUUAAAAUUUAUUGACCUGUAUGCAAACAUUGUGAAAAUGAACAUGUAUGGACCUUGUAGCAAGAAUUGUUAAAAUUUACUGACCUGUAUGCAAAUAUUGUGAAAAUGAACAUGUAUGGACCUUGUAGCAAGAAUUGUUAAAAUUUACUGACCUGUAUGCAAACAUUGCGAAAAUGAACAUAUAUGGACCUUGUAGCAAGAAUUUUUAAAAUUUACUGACCUGUAUGCAAACAUUGUGAAAAUGAGCAUGUAUGGACCUUGUAGCAAGAAUUUUUAAAAUUUAUUGACCUGUAUGCAUACAUUGUGAAAAAGAACAUGUAUGGACCUUGUAGCAAGAAUUUUUAAAAUUUAUUGACCUGUAUGCAUACAUUGUGAAAAAGAACAUGUAUGGACCUUGUAGCAAGAAUUUUUAAAAUUUAUUGACCUGUAUGCAAACAUUGUGAAAACGAACAUGUAUGGACCUUGUAGCAAGAAUUUUUAAAAUUUAUUGACCUGUAUGCAAACAUUGUGAAAACGAACAUGUAUGGACCUUGUAGCAAGAAUUGUUAAAAUUUACUGACCUGUAUGCAAACAUUUUGAAAAUGAACAUGUAUGACCCUUGUAGCAAGCAUUGUUAAAAUUUAUUGACCUGUAUGCAAACAUUGUGAAAAUGAACAUGUAUGGACCUUGUAGCAAGAAUUGUUAAAAUUUACUGACCUGUAUGCAAACAUUGUAAACAUGAACUUGUUCAGACCUUGUGCAAGCAUUGUUAAAAUUUAUUGACCUGUAUGCAAACUUGGUGAACAUUAACAAUUACUGACCUUUCUUAUUGACUUAAGAAUCUCAGAUCUAGGAGGCCUCCAGCACUGGGAAUAUUUAUAUAUCUUUUAUUUUAUAGAAAUAUAUUUAAAGGUUGUUUUGUAUAUAUUAUUAUACCAAUUUUUCUUCUAUUUAAUAAUCCUUUGUUACUUUUUAAUAGAUGAUAUAUAUUUAUUUUAUAAAAUACUUGCUUAACACUGGCAGAUGUACUGUGCAAGACAUAUCAUUUUUGUCGAGCCCGCUUGCGGUGAGCUCGAUAUAGUCGUCACUUUUGGAGGGUCGGUGUAUGUGCUUGCAUGCGUCCGAUUUUGUCCGGAUCAUAACUUUGACAUGCAUGGACCAAUCUUGUUUAUAUUUGGCAUGAAUGUUUACCUCAAUGAGAAGGGGUCUCAUGCGCAAACCCCAUCCUAUCUCAAAAGUCAUGCAGAAUGCAGUAUUGAACAAAUUAAAAAAUUGCCUGGUGAUGUAUGAUAAGUGUUGGACUCCUUGCCCCAAUACCGGUUUGAGCAGAAUUGGUCUGCUGUUUUAAAAUCUCUUAUGGGUGCUACUCAGAAUUGCAAGAAGCUGUUAUCAAGCGUAGUUCAUGUGUAUAUUUUCCUCACAACUGUUGUAAAUUAAAUUACUUAAGUUUCAACAAAACUUUAGGGAAGUUGCGUUAUAAAUGUGUUAAAAGUAUACAAGACCAAAAUUCAUAUUUGAAACUAUAUACAGUAACUUCAUAUUAUCUAUGUAAACAUGAAAUUAACAUCAUUGUGUGUGUAAACAGUACUGUGUUCAGUUUCAAAUAAUCCACAUGUAAUAAAUGUAUAGCUAAGUACAGUAUAAAUAUGUACUUCCACUAAAACACUGGAAGUUUUUUGAACAAAUGACUGUUGCACAUAAAAAUUUAAUUGUGAUUUUAUUGCUACGAACACAGAUAAUUUAUAUUAUGUAGUCAAGUUAAAUUUGUUUGAUGAUGAUUUUCUACAUUUUAUGUUAGUAACGACAAAUAAACUAUUUUAAUGAAAUAUUAGAUCUGCAUUGGAUAUCUUUAAAACUGCUGAUGUCAUUUAUAGUAUGUAUAUAUCUACACAACUUGCAAUGAAUAUGCACUGUUACUAUGCACAUUAUAAAGGAAUGCAUUAUACGUGUAUGUUUACUUUUUACAAAUUCCGAUUUAUAAGAUAUGUUUACUUGACAGGGUACAUUUAAAUAGCGACUUCAGUCCUCAUUAUAAUUCAAAGUGUUCUGGAAGAAAUGAGCCGCACCAUAAGAAAACCAACAUAGUGGGUUUGCGACCAGCAUGGAUCCAGACCAGCCUGCGCAUCCGCGCAGUCUGGUCAGGCUCCAUGCUGUUCGUUUUUAAAGCCUAUUGGAAUUGGAGAAACUGUUAGCGAACAGCAUGGAUCCUGACCAGACUGCGCGGAUGCGCAGGCUGGUCUGGAUCCAUGCUGGUCGCAAAGCCACUAUGUUGGUUUUCUCAUGGCACGGCUCAAAUUUUCUUUGAUUAACUUGUAAUGAAAGUGAAAAAGAAUUCUUGUUUUUCUCAAAUAACAGUAUUUUAAACUUCCUUUUUUAAAAUCUUAGGGGCUUUUUUAGACUAUCAUUUAUGUUAUUGAAUUGCUUUGAUAUUUAAAUUAUACAUUUUGUGUUUUGUUUGAGAUUAAAAGUGUGAAAAAUCA